AUGGCCAUGCUCCGAGUGUCUUCUUACCGCAAGCUGUUUGAGGAUGAUAGCUGGAGUCGGAAUGGAGGGUUGAGUAUGCAGUGUGCAGGGCAGUACCGGGCCUCCGUCAGGGGUGCAGCCGUUGACAAGUGUGGCUGUGACUGUGAGUUAGACUUUGUAGCAGCCAAGGAACUCAACAAGGAGGGUCUGACCCGGUUUGUCAAGGACCGCACCUUCAUAGCUGCCCUCAAUGACCGCCUGGUCAGGCUUAUUGAACUGGCCCAUUGUUUUGAGGAGGAGAAUGAGUCUCUUGAAUGUCAGAUUGUUGAACUAGAGAAGAAGCUGAACAGUCGACAGGCCUCCUCCAGCGUCACCUCCACUGUGGCCGAGCCUGACUACAGUCUGGAUGCAGUGGUGGAAAGACUGCGCAGGGAGAGGGAUGAGAUUCUGUGUGACACCGAGGAGCUGCAGAAGGAGCUUGAACGUCUGAUGAAUGAAUACGAGAAGGCUGCACAGCAGAGGAUCCUCCUCCAGCAGGGACGACAAGAUGUUGCUGAGGAAGUCGAUGCUGUGACAGCAGAGUGUUUGGCGCUGAGGGAGCAAGUGGCUAUCUACGAGGAGCAGCUGGCCAACAUGGAGGCCCAGCACACUACGGCAGUGGAGAGUCUGCUGCAGCCAGCUGACGGGACUACAGGAGCGAUGGCAGCUAUUACAUUUGGCAGCCCUGACAUCACUCCGGCCCUGGAUGUGAAGGAGUACUACUGCCAGCUAGCCGAGAGCCUUCAGUACGAGUGUGGUGCAGCCUCCUCUGCUGUGAGUCUCCGUGGUGAUGGAAAACAACUGGAAGAGGGAGGAGCUGGACGGUCAACAGUCAAAGACGUGUCAAAGAUAAAGGACACCAAUGAGCUGAAGAUGCUGAUUUCAGAGCUACAAAAGGAGCUUGCUGAGCUUGAGCAGUGUAACGAGGAGCUGGAGGACGAGGUUGAGAUGAAGACGGCUGCAUACAUGGACGAGAUUGCUGAGUUGGAGUGUACUAUAGAUGAAAUGCGGCACCAAGAGGCCGACUUCCAAGAGCAGAUGAAGGAGCAGUGUGAAGACUACAAGGAGCUGCUCAGUGAGAAGAUGGCCAGAGACAUGGAAAUAACUGCCUACAGGAGUCUGGUGGAGGAAGAGGAGGAGAGGCUGUGCAACCUGUGACUUAAGGGCUGGAGAGUCAGUCUGGUAGGCGGGAUGCUCCCCCUCACAUGGAUUAGAAAACCAAAGAGAAACAAGGAAAAGCACACCUAA